AUGGAGCGGAAGAGCCCUAGCGGGAAGAAGUUCCGGAGCAAGCCCCAGCUGGCUCGCUACCUGGGCGGCUCCAUGGACCUGAGCACCUUCGACUUCCGGACGGGCCGGAUGCUGAUGAGCAAGGUCAACAAGAGCCGUCAGCGGAUGCGCUAUGACUCCUCCAGCCAGGUCAAGGGUAAGCCUGACCUGAACACAGCGCUCCCCGUGCGGCAGACAGCGUCCAUUUUCAAACAGCCUGUGACCAAGAUCACUAACCACCCCAGCAACAAAGUGAAGAGCGACCCCCAGAAGGCCGUGGACCAACCCCGGCAGCUUUUCUGGGAGAAGAAGCUGAGUGGCCUGAAUGCCUUUGACAUUGCUGAGGAGCUGGUGAAGACCAUGGACCUUCCCAAGGGCCUGCAAGGCGUGGGGCCCGGCUGCACCGACGAGACCCUGCUGUCCGCCAUAGCCAGUGCUCUGCAUACCAGCACGAUGCCCAUCACUGGGCAGCUUUCAGCCGCUGUGGAGAAGAACCCAGGUGUGUGGCUCAACACAACCCAGCCCCUCUGCAAAGCUUUCAUGGUGACUGACGAGGACAUCAGGAAGCAGGAGGAGCUGGUGCAGCAGGUGCGCAAACGGCUGGAGGAGGCGCUGAUGGCCGACAUGCUGGCCCACGUGGAGGAGCUGGCUCGGGAUGGCGAGGCACCGCUGGACAAGGCCGGAGUCGAGGAGGACGAGGAAGACGAGGAGGAGGACGACGAGGAGGCGGAUGCGGACCCGGAGUUGGAGCAUGCCUAG